UUGGGUUUCCCGGGCGGAAUAAUUUGUUCAAAAAGUGAGGGGAGAGAGAGAGAGAGAGAGAGAGAUGGCAGCAGUGGCGGAGGCUACGCCGGAACCCGGCGACGUUGACGAGGCCAGCGACUUUCAAGGCUUCCGGUGCCGGGUAGAAGCGCUCCUCGGUCUAUGCGCGAACCUCCAGGAUUUCUCUGGUCAAUCGUCUGAGGAGUCAAAGAAAUGCUUGGAGGAAUGCAUUACUGAACUUAAGAGGAGAAAUGAAGAUAUUGAGUCCGAAUCGUUUGUCCAGUACUUGUCAGACAUCGAGGAUAUUGGGGCAUAUUUGGAUAAUAAAAGAGAGGAACUAGAGAAGAUAAGGAUUGAAAAUUUGAGCAUUUCUGAUGAAGUUGGACAUCUUACUAAAGAUUUUGAUGAAGACUUUCUUCAGUUUCAGAAUGAACUUGCACAUUUUGGUAGCCUAUUGGAGGAUAGAGACUCAAGUGAAGCGAGUGAGAUGUCCUCUAGCAACUUACGUGAAAGACUCAGUAAGCAAGACUCAUUGUCGAUGCAAGAAAAGUGUCACUUUGAGGUUUUAGCACUUGAAGGUCUCGUUGAAAAGCGGAAAGUUGAGUUAGACUGUAUUGAAGAUCUCAAAUCCAUGCUUAAGAGGGUUGAAGCAAUUUGUCAAGUUGAAGAAGUGCUAUGUCAUGCAAAGGUCAUUGAGUUCAAAGAUAAUUGCAUUCGGCUGUCCCUGAAGACAUUUCUUCCAAUGGCAGGGUCCCUGAAAUACCAACUUUCUUUAGAGAAAAUGAUUGGACCAUCUGCAGUUCAUCAUGAAAUGCUGAUAAAAGUUAUUCCUGGGACAAGGGAGUUAGUUGAUGUGGAGAUUUUUCCAAAUGAUGUGCUAAUUGAUGAUAUUGCCAAUGAUGUCAAGUCUGCAAGGACUGACGUCUCUUGUCCGUUAUCAUUUCUGAAAAUACGGUCUCCAUUGGAGUGGAUGGUAAGAAAGGUGCAGCAAAGAAUUCUCAUUUGCAAUCUUAGGCGACUAAUUCUGAAAGAUGCCAACAGGUCAAGGCACAAGUUUGAGUACUCUGUUGAUGGGGUAAUAACGGCUUAUCUAGCUGGUGGUAUUCAAGCAUCUAUCAUGGUUCCUGAAAGCUGGCCCAUGUCUGACUCUGCUUUGAGAUUGCUGUCAUUAAAGAAUUUAAAUUUCCAUUCAAAGGAUGUUUCAGUUGGUUCUCUUCACAAGUUAGAGGAGUUAGCGAAUUCAUUGGAUUCAGAGAGGCGUUACAAUCUUCUCAAUUUUGUGGAGGCCAUUGAACAAAUCCUUAAAGAGCAGCUGAGUUCGGAUAAUCUCUGACUCGCAGUGGAGAGACAGAGAGAGAGAGAGAGAGAGAGAGAGACAGAGAGAGGUUAGCUAGUUUUUCUCUAUGCUUUGCACCAAGCAACUUUCUUGAGCAGCGAACUUUUUACACCUAUGAAUUCAUCGAUAGGCACCAUCUCAUGAUCGAAGUUCGUGGGCUUAUCCAAUCUAAUAAAAUGGUUUGGUACAAAA